AUGCUUCACAACGUCUACGCCGCCCUCGUUACCGAACACGGCUGGUCCGCCACAGCUCGGACAAGCGCAAACGGGAACGAAGGAAACAUUCUGUUCCUCCAACUCCUCGUUGAUGCUUUGGCUCUUCAACCCUGCAAUCCCGAUUUGCCUGCUGCUCGUGAGGCGUGGAUUCAAGCUGAUGCUAACAGGUACAAUGGAGCGAAUAAGUGUUUGUUGUGGAAGACGUUUGCGAGUAAAGGUCUUGGUGUGGGCGCUGCCAAUCACGUCGAUUCGACUGCUGUACCCGAUGGGUGUUAG